AUGCCUCCAAAUACAAAGGAAUUAGAGGCGGACAUCCAAGCGACAGGGAGGCUCUACGAAUAUGAGGCCCUGCCCCAGGAAACGCCGAACGUCGGGACGGGAUUCACGGACAAGGUCUACAAGAAGGACUACGUCUGGAGGAACAUCAUCCUCUUUGCCAUCCUUCAUGCUGCCACGCCCGUUGGGAUCUACAUCGGACUCACCAGGGCUUAUUACUCUACUAUUGUGUUCGGCUUACUUCUCGGUGUGGCAUCCUCAAUUGGAAUAACGGCCGGAGCUCAUCGCCUCUGGGCUCAUCGUAGCUACAAAGCGAAAUUCCCAUUUCGCCUUCUUCUCGCUUUUCUCGACACCUGCGAUAUCCAGAAUGACAUCUACGAAUGGAGUCGGGAUCAUCGACUGCAUCACAAGUUCAGCGAGACGGAUGCAGACCCUCACAACGCGAAGAGAGGAUUUUUCUUUGCCCACAUGGGAUGGCUUUUGGUCAGAAAGCACCCGGAGGUGAUCAGGAAGGGGAAGACUAUCGACUGCAGCGAUCUCCUCGAGGAUCCCAUCGUAUAUUACCAGAGGAAAUACUAUUUACCAUUGGCAUUGUCUUGCUGCUUCGUGUUCCCGGCAAUAACCCCUUGGCUGUUGUGGGGAGAAGAUCUCUAUGUUGCGUUCAUGUUUUGCUCCAUCGCUCGCUACUGCGUGUUUCUGAAUGGGACGUGGUUGGUGAACAGUGCAGCUCACCUUUGGGGACCUAAACCUUACGACAAGCGUAUCGGACCGGUGGAGCAGGUGAUCGUAGGAGGCCUGGCAUUCGGAGAGGGCUGGCACAACUACCACCACACCUUCCCCUGGGACUACAAGACCUCGGAGAUGCCCUGGUACCACGUGAACCUCACGGCGCUCAUCAUCGACAUNAUCGGACCGGUGGAGCAGGUGAUCGUAGGAGGCCUGGCAUUCGGAGAGGGCUGGCACAACUACCACCACACCUUCCCCUGGGACUACAAGACCUCGGAGAUGCCCUGGUACCACGUGAACCUCACGGCGCUCAUCAUCGACAUCGCCGCCUAUUUCGGCCAGGCCUAUGACCGCAAAUCGGUGGACUUGAAGAUCGUGGAGCAACGGGUGAGGAGGACCGGAGACGGCUCUCACUACAAGUGGGGCGACAAGGCCAAACGACAGGAGCAACAGUGGGACCCUCAUCCGACGGGCAUCAACCCCAAGCUUCUCAAAAUCCAUUAA